AUGGGACAACAAACAUCAACAGAGACGCCCUCAUCAUCAUCUCUGAAUCACCAAGCAAGAGAUGAAAAUAAAAUCCCCUCCCGUGAACAAUCUGAAAAUUUACUUUAUUCUACAGGAAAAUCCCUACAUUUUCCCGUGUUGGAAUUACCAAGAGGAUUCAAGAGGAAAUCUAUUCUUUCUACUAUUGUUUCGGAUGUAGAAUUGCUUCCGAUAGGAAUUUUUAAUGGAAUUAGGAGAGGAUAUGGAGGCAAUGAUGAGUAUUUCAAUCAGGGUGAGGAGAAGGAUGGUUGGUUGACGAAUUUUCCUCAUGAAAUAAUUUUACACAUUUUACAAUUUUUGGAUAUGGAAAGUAUAGGGAGAAUGCAACGAGUUUCAAAGAGAUUUUUAAUGUAUUGGACCAGAUUUGAAGUUCUGUGGAAGGAUUUGAGGAGAAAAAGUCCAAUGUUGUACAUGUUUUCUGAUAUGGAAAGUUAUGAAAAUGUUAAAAAUGUCUUGCUGAAGAGAUUUGUAAUAGAUGAGGAUGUUGAAUUGCCUCAAUGUGCCCAAUACAUAUUUGUUGGGUCAUCAGGGUGUGGUAAAUCCACUUUGAUUGAUAGAGCUUUUAAUCAAUUACCAUUUUCGGAAAAUUAUACACCCUCAAUAACUUUCCCAGUAAUUGACAAGCAUUACCUUUAUGGAAGUGGGACGGAAUUUGCAUUCAAGAUUUGGGAUACAUGUGGAAAUCAAACAUAUCUAUCGCUAUUCAAAUCUGUUUAUUCGAGAGCUAAUGUUUUUGUGUAUUGUUUUGAUUUGAAUAGUCAUAAAUCAUUUGAGGAAAUGAUUGAAAUUUAUCACGAAAUGACAGUCAAAGAUAUUUCAGAUUACAAUAUCAAUGAUAGAUGUUUCCUCUUACUCGGAUUGAAAUCAGAUCUCGAUCAUCAAGUAACAAGACUUGAAAUUUACAAUUUUCUAAAAAUGGUCGAGCCAGAGCCUCAACAAAAAACAAUUCACACAACCAAAGUUCAAUAUUUUGAAUUAAGCUCCAAAGAAGAGUGCUCUGAUGAUGACCUUCUCUUUCCAUUCCUCUAUGCUGUUGCCACUCUAAAAACCAUGCUAUAA